CAGGGAGCCAAGAUUGCACCAUGGCACUCCAGCCUGGGUAACAGAGCAAGACUCUGUCUCAAAAAAACAACAAAAACAAAAACAAAAAAAACACAAAAACAAAAACAAAAAAAACUCCGCAGCUUUGAAGUAAGACAUAACGGAAUGUUUUCUAAACUUGGUGAAAUGUAUAAAUCUACAAAUUCAUAAAGCUCCAGAAAGCCCAGCCAGGAUGUGUGCACAGAAAUCCGCAUCUAGGCUCGUCAUUGUCAAACUGCGGAAAAGCAGCAGUAAAGAGAAUCUUUAAAGCAGCCAGAGGAAAAGAGAUCAUUACAUCCAAGAGGACACUCACGGGAAUCACCACAGCCGCCCUGCCAGAAACUGCGGGGUUCAGAACACAGUGGAUCACAUCUUCAGAGAUCUGGGCUGGGAGGAAUUAACCCGGAAUUCUGUGUGCAGCAGAAAUAUUCUUCAAGAAUAAAAGUGUAAUAAGGAGAGUUCAGACAGCAUCCAAGAGCAUUUGUCGUCAGCAGAGCCCCUCCUAUUAGAAAUGCUUAAAAAAACACACACACACAAACUACAGAAAAUCCUUCAGGCUUAAGAGAAGGGCUAUCAGAUGAAAAGUCAGAGUUUUCAGAAAGGAAAGAGGACGGCUGGAAAUGGUGAAGUGGUUUGGUUGGGGUCAGCUAGCAUCCCAGCCCUCUGUGGGCCACAGGUCCCAUCUGGUGCCAGACUGGGGUGAGUGGUGCGGAGAGAGGAGUGAGCAGCUACGGCCCUCUGGGGGCGCCGUCUCUUGGGAGCACAUGUGGGCGGCUGAGGUGGCUUCAGUGCUGUGUGGAAAAUGCAGGACUUGGCGUGCCCAGGGUGGGCAGGGGCCUCCUGGGUGGAUGGCUCUCAAAGAGUUUGAAAAGUGACAGCAGGAGGGUUUCCCAGGCAGGGAGGUGAGAACCAGCGUGCUGCUGGAGGAGACAGAGCCCUUCUGGGAGCCCAAUCCAGAGGAGCCAGGGCCGCACACGGGCCCCGCAGCUCUGCAAGGGGCUGCCUGGCACGGGUUUGCUGACAUAUUGGUACAAUCUGCAUGUGGUGGGAGUAAUAACCGCCUCCCAUUCUUUCUGAAGUUUUGAGUGUUGCGCCCUCUGCGUAGUUUUGAUAAAGAGACUUUUCUGGGAAACAGGCUUCCUGAUGGAUAAUUAUUAACAAGGGCAGGGACUCGGCUCCAGUGAAGCUGAGGAACCCGGGUCUGCCAUGUAAACUCUCACCCAUCCAGCAGACAUGCUCCACAGACUUCUCGCUUCCUGAAACACCAGUCCUUUCUGCUGACUUCAAGUAGGAAUAAAAUUCACCCUUCCUGAAGUUGUGUGCAGUGCAAAGGUCAAAGCAAACACCUUAAAUUCUUGGCCGAAUGCAUAUUUUAGUGGACACAUUAGCAAUAAUUUUAAAAGGUGCUUCCCUCCUCCUCUGAAAAUGAUUUCCCCCUCCCACACAAGCUUAUUUUUCUUGCUAGUUCAACACAAUAUUCUCAAUGGAGUUCGGCAGUGUAAAAUGUUAACCCGAUGAACCGCUGGCGUGCCCAGCACCUUUAUUUUGUGAGGAAGCGUUUUACUGACAUACAGCAUGGGGAGAGGGCACAGAUCCCAAGUCCCCUGCGGGAUGAAUUGGCACCACGUGAUUGGAGCGUGGGACUCCCAUCCGGAUCAAGAACAGACACCCGGCCCCGAAGCCCACCCCACUUCAGCCACUGCCCCCUGCCAAGGGCAACCGGCACCCGAGUUCUCACAGUGGAGAGUCCUUUCCACGCCUUUGGAUGUCACACGACAGGCGUCAGAGGCCUUCCGGAGCAGUACUACAGCCUCACCUGGUUCCUGAGCCCCAUCCUUGGCCUCAUCUUCACACCUCUCAUUGGGUCUGCGAGUGACCGGUGCACCCUGAGCUGGGGCCGCCGGCGGCCUUUCAUCCUCGCCCUCUGCGUUGGUGUCCUCUUUGGCGUUGCACUUUUCCUUAACGGCUCUGCCAUCGGUCUGGCCCUCGGCGAUGUCCCCAGCCGGCAGCCCAUCGGCAUCGUGCUCACGGUGCUGGGGGUGGUGAUCCUGGACUUCAGUGCCGAUGCCACUGAGGGGCCCAUCCGCGCCUAUCUGCUGGACGUGGUGGACAGUGAGGAGCAGGACAUGGCCCUCAACAUCCACGCCUUCUCUGCCGGCCUCGGCGGGGCCAUCGGCUAUGUGCUGGGUGGGCUGGACUGGACCCAGACCUUCCUGGGCAGCUGGUUUCGGACCCAGAACCAGGUGCUCUUCUUCUUCGCCGCCAUCAUCUUCACGGUGUCCGUGGCCCUGCACCUGUUCAGCAUUGAAGAGGAGCAGUACAGCCCACAGCAGGAGCGCAGCACUGAGGAGCCCGGCGCCCUGGACGGGGGUGAGCUGCACAGCAUCCCUGCCUUCCCGGACGAGGUGCAGUCGGAGCACGAGCUGGCCCUGGACUACCUGGACGUGGACAUCGUGCGCAGCAAGAGUGACUCGGCGCUGCACGUGCCGGACCCCGCACUGGACCUGGACCCUGAGCUGCUCUUCCUGCACGGCAUUGAGCCCUCCAUCUUCCACGACGCCUCCUACCCCGCCACCCCCAGCAGCACCAGCCAGGAGCUCGCCAAGACCAAGCUGCCCCGCCUGGUCACCUUCCUCAAGGAAGCCGCCAAGGAGGACGAGACUUUGCUGGAUAAUCACUUGAAUGAAGCCAAAGUCCCCAACGGCAGCGGCUCCCCCACAAAGGACGCCCUUGGCGGCUACACCAGGGUGGACAUGAAGCCCUUGGCCACGUCGGGCUCCGUGCGGCGGCGGCGGCAUGCGUUCCGCAGGCAGGCCUCCAGCACCUUCUCCUACUAUGGCAAGCUCGGAUCCCACUGCUACCGCUACCGGCGAGCCAACGCGGUGGUGCUCAUCAAGCCGUCACGCAGCAUGAGCGACCUGUAUGACAUGCAGAAGCGGCAGCGGCAGCGGCACCGGCACCGGAACCAGAGCGGGGCCACCACCUCCAGCGGGGACACUGAGAGUGAGGAGGGGGAGGGCGAGACCACCGUGCGCCUGCUGUGGCUCUCCAUGCUGAAGAUGCCCAGGGAGCUGAUGCGGCUGUGCCUCUGCCACCUCCUCACCUGGUUCUCCGUCAUCGCUGAGGCCGUGUUCUACACCGACUUCAUGGGCCAGGUCAUCUUCAAAGGGGACCCCAAGGAACAGGCCUCCUCGAACUCGACCACCUGGCAAGCCUACAACGCCGGGGUCAAGAUGGGCUGCUGGGGCCUGGUCAUUUAUGCCGCCACUGGUGCUAUUUGUUCAGCCCUGUUACAGAAGUACUUGGACAACUACGACCUGAGCGUCAGGGUGAUCUACGUUCUGGGGACGCUGGGCUUCUCCGUCGGCACAGCCGUGAUGGCCAUGUUUCCCAACGUCUACGUCGCCAUGGUCACCAUCAGCACCAUGGGCAUCGUCUCCAUGAGCAUCUCCUACUGCCCUUAUGCCCUGCUGGGCCAGUACCACGACAUCAAGCAGUAUGUCCACCACAGCCCCGGGAACUCCAAGCGAGGGUUUGGCAUAGAUUGCGCCAUCCUGUCCUGCCAAGUGUACAUCUCACAGAUCCUGGUGGCCUCCGCGCUCGGGGGCGUGGUCGACGCAGUGGGGACUGUCCGCGUCAUCCCCAUGGUGGCUUCUGUGGGCUCUUUCCUGGGCUUCCUGACGGCCACAUUCCUGGUGAUCUAUCCUGACGUGUCAGAGGAGGCCAAGGAGGAGCAGAAAGGCCUGUCUUCCCAGUUGGCCAGCGAAGGCGGGGCUGGUGGGAGCAGCGAAAAGCCCACCGUGCUAAAGCUCACGCAGAAGGAGGGCCUGCAGGGACUGGUGGAGACGGAGUCCGUGGUCUGAGCUACACUCCCGUUUACACACAUUCCACCGGGCGGGCGGGCGGGCGGGCGGUGGGGCCAGGCCACAGGCGGGAGCAGAGACACCGCGGAACCCUGCAGCUGCUGUGGCAGACCCGGCAGUGCGGGCCAGAGCCCCUCCACCCCCAUAGCCACAAUUCAGUAGUCGUAGCGUAGGUUUGAGCUACUAGGCAAAAAUACCACACUAACCACUUUUUCUAUAAUUAAAAAAAUCAUUUGAAAUUUUUUUUUAAUUGAAAAAGAUCUUUUAAUUUCAGCUCUUUUAUUCUGCAGGUAUAUUAUUCUGCAUGUUUUUAAAUUAUAUAAAACAUUUAUAUAGACAAUAAGCAAUUUAGAAAAAAUAAGAUUUUGCAUUUCUAAAAUUAUAAUUGAAAACAAAAUCUGACAUUCUCUGCUACGUCUUAUCUGAAUGCUUCAGAUAAUGGUAGUGUAGCCAGUGACUAAAGUAUUUUUUACCAAAUUUCCUCUCUGUAGACGCCUGCAGGUAUUGACGUCUGUCAGAUCUCGUCACGUUGGCUGGUGCCGCAGCUGUUGGAGAGUCUUUUUCUUUAUGAUUAUUUUAGAAAACAAAUUUUCUUUUCCGCAAUGUGGUUUUCUUAGAAGAACAACAUGUCUUUUCCUCAGCGAGUUUGACACAUUGUGCCCAGGGCAGCCCCGUCCUUGGGCAGCGGCCGCACACCAAAGCUGGGAGGAGGCUGGUCCGGGAGGCCUGGGCAGAAGACAGUGAUUCGCAGGGGCGGCUCCCAGACACCGUGCCCAGGGGUGGGCUGGGCACCACCUGGGGGCGGAGCGUGAGCUCCAGACGGGCUCCUGCGUGUGCAUGCGAGUGUGUCUGCGCCCAGCCACAUGUGCGUGUGAGUGUCUGCGCCCAGCCACGUGACGCCGCUGGUCCCAUCUGAAGGACUCUCCUAGGAGGCCAGGUUGCCCCUCCAGACCCCUCCCAACAUCAGGGGGAAGGAAACGUUGACUUUCACUGCACUUUGAUGCGUCUCUAAACCAUUUGCUGGGGAUUCCUGAGAGCAGAGCUCCCGGUGGGCCCUGCCUCCCCCGCCGCAAGGCUACCUCGGGCGUGUGGAUGUGCGAGGGCCUCCCCGCUUGUGAAGGGGACAUGCGUGCUGGAACCUGUCAGAACUCCAUGCCUUCCUCGCCUGCUCACCUGUUCGACGCUGGAAUCAGGACAGGUGCAAAGGGAAGCAUACGUCUGGGACAGCGAAGGCCCGUGUCACUGGAGGGUUCCGCACAGUCGUUCUGGUUUCAGCAGAUAAGCAAAACUCGGGCAAGUACUGCAGCUAUUUGGAAAUGUUUUCCAAACCACAGUCUCUUUAGAAGUAAGCUGUUUCUGCUCUUCUGAUUUGAAACGGUCAGUGUACGCUUACUGAGAUCAGGAGACGGAGGCUCCGCACAUCACACAGAUAAAGUCAGACAAUUGUAAUACUUUUGCUGCCUCAAGUUGUUUUUUAAAUAAAGUACUUUGAAAUGCAUGAGAAUCAUGCUGCAAUAUAAUCAUUCUAGAGCAAAUAUAUAUAUACACAUAUAUAUAUAUAUUUGAAGAUGAAGCUAAAGCAGUUUUUGAAUAAAUUACUUGAAUUUUCUGUGUAUUUAAAGGAACGACUGUUUAAUGUACUUGAUGGGCCUCUGGUCUUGCCAUGUCUCCUGCCGCUGGUGGCACUUUGUAGAUUGUGUGUGUCCGGGCGGCAGUUGGGUGCCUGCUCACGCAUGGUGUGUCCGCCAGGCCACGAUGUCCCAGGAUCGCAGAGGACUGACUUCAAGACUUCAAGAACAUUUUCUGUAUGUGUGGAAACUUGAGAAUGGCCUUGUGAAUCUCGUGCUUGGACAGGGCGAGUCCGACUACUGAAAGUGCUGCCAGCUUUGCUGCGAGCCCUCCGGCCAGUGGGAGCCCCGUGGGCUGGGCACUCUGGCCCUUCUUCUCUGGGGGGCGGCACCCCUGGCUUCCUCACCUCGGCCGGGCAUCUGUGGCAGCUCACUCUAUGCAACUUGAUCCUCUAGUGGCUUUAAGACUGUAGGUCCCCUCUCUGAGACCUGGCUCUGCUUGUCAGGACCUCGAGGCGCAGCCCCCGUCUUAGCUGGUUUCUCCAGCUUCUCAUCCUGACGACUGUAAAACAGAUGGAGGCAAGAGAGCAGCAGAUACGGGGUGGCAGUGGCCUGACCCGAAUCAAGAUCCGAGCCAAACCACACCAAACAUGCGUUCAGCCGGGGGCCACCCCUUGCCCAAGGCUUCCCACCCUCGUCUGAAGGCCCAGGGACCGGAUCCAGGGCUCACCAAAGCCGAUUCCUCGCCAGCUGGGAGUGCAGAAGUCUCAGGGCCUGGCUGCGACUUGAGUUGUAGGAGGAAGAGGGGCUUCGCGACCCCCGUCUGAACAGUGUGUGAACCCUUAAGAUCCCAGCCUCAACUAAUCUGAAGUAAGGAUAACAAAGGCCAUUCAGUGCCCUGCGCAUGACCUUGCCACAGUCACUGUCAGAGUAUGAAUGCGCCGGAAGCCAGGGCCAGCCAGGGACAGGCGUGACUUUCAGGUGCUCCUCGGUGACAGGAGUCAGUGGCCACACACUUUGUAGACUCGUGAAGUUAUCAGCCCUUCAGGUGUUUGCAAGCAAAGCCCUUCUUAGUGUGCAGGUCAGUGUGUGGACCCCAAAUGAGGGUACCGCGGGGGCUGGGGUCCGGGGUCAGUAGAGUUGGUUCCUGGGAGGCAGGCAUGGGUGACCAGGGCCCUCGCAGUGCGUGUGGGCCCGGCCUGGGCACAGCGAGGACCAGAUCGCCACAUCCUUUAGCCUCAACCCCUCCCUCGCACUGAGAUUAUUUCCAGAUUGCACUCACUUGAAACUGUCCGUGUCGUCACCUUGUGUCUUAAGGGAAGCCGAGAAGGGCAGGCGGGCAGGCUGUCUUGUCUGCAAAGCGCCAUUGUGCCCGCAGCUUGCGUUGGUCAGGCUGCAGCUCAGGUGUCUGUGGCUUCUAACCUUGUACCUCAGAUAGAUGCAGUACCAAGGCGGGGCUGGGGACACUGGUCAAUGUCAAAGGGGAGGUGCUCUGGCUGGCAGCCUUGCCCCAGAGGAAGAGGAGGCCGUGCAGGUGCCCCUUGGGGAAGGUGGCCAGCUAUCCAGUGCUGAGGACGCAACUGGAGUAUGGCUCAUGGUUGGGCUGUGCAGGCUGGUGUCCCAGGUGCCUCUGCACGCUGGCUGGAGUGUCAGGCAGGGUGUCGGUGGGUCGAGUCUUGUGUGAUGCGCACAGACCAGUUGCCAAACUAGGAGAACAUUGGUCUCGUUUGUGGUGGUUUUGUUCCCUAUACAAGUCAGCUAAGUAAAGAAUCUUUUAAUGAGCUUCCCCUUAACACACGGCAGAAGUUUCCAGGUGCAGGAAUGCGAGCUGGUGGGAAGGGGCGGAGGCUGUGAGCUCCCAGCUGGGCCGGUCUUCCUGUGACCCUGUUCCCAGGUCUGUCGACAGACUGCAUCAUGACGUUCCCAAAGAGCUAGCUUUGGAGUGUUGUUUUUCUCACUCCCAGGCAGGGGUCUUAGCUGGAGUCAUCCAACCUGCCACUGAACAUGCCAGCGCUGUGUGCUGUCUCUUGGACACCUGCCCUUGAAAACUUCAGGCCCCGGGGAGAAGCACUCCGUCCAUUCCUGCCCCCCGAGGGGAGGCAGGGCCGCUGGGCCCUCCUCAGAUGGUCAGUGGCUUCCAACAGCCCUCAGGAGUGUUUCCUGAAGGCCCCAGGUGUGGAGGACUUGGUCUGUGACCGUCUAGAACCCCAGAGCUGAACAGGAAGCUGUCCUUGCAGUAACAAGAGGGGUGGAAGGGGCGCUGCGCGCUGCCCUCGGCUCUCCCACCACUGGGGCGGUGAUGCUCAGGUGACAUGUUUGAAAAAUACUCUCAGAAGAUACCAACUCUUCCCUUCUAUGGCUAACGGUUUGUGCAGUCACCAGCGAUGGCGGCCCCUAUUAGAGACCCAGUUUGUAAAACACCAAAUAUUGCUGUCCACACUAGACAACCGGCUUCAGAAAAGAUGGACACCUUUUCCCACGCUGUUUCGCUUCUGCCUCAACUUUGGUCCAGCUUUAGCCACUACACAGCGUGGGAGGGACUGCUGCUGCGGAAUCAGCCUCAUCUGUCCCUCCGCCUCCCACCAGCACAUGCCGCUUCUGAGAGGCACCAGCUCCCUGCCUCCAAGCCUGGUACCACAGGCCUGUCGUGAGGGACCCCCGCUUCCGAGAGCUCCUGGGGGGGGGUUCUGCCCUUCACCACCUGGGAGAGGUGUCAGUUUAGUUCCGGGUUGAAAAAGCCUGUGCACACAGCAUGUUGGGGACCCAGCCUAAAGUUCUUGUCACCUCCUCAUGCAAAGCCAGCCAUCACUCUCCGGCCAGAUCCCCCAAACCUCAAGGUGGCCCCUUGACCAGCCCCCUCCUUGGGGCCUCCAGGAGGACUGAGCACCCCUCCCAGCGGCAUCCCCUUGCCCUCCACAGGGCUGCCAGGGGCACGUCGCAGGGGCACCGUGGACUGAAACCAGCCCCUGGUGACAGAACGACCCGUUGGUUGGAAAUGCCUCGUUGCCAGAGGAACUCCCCAGGCUUCUCGGAAUGAAACUAUUUAGUUCCAUUGUGAACUGGCCACAGGACAGCUUUUUAUCAACUUAUUAAGUUGGAGCACCAUAAUAGCUCUUGCUGAUUUAGCAAUGGUAUAAGUGUGUGUUAAACACAUAAUGUUACAUUUUAUGAGGAGGUCGUAAGGAAGGGUCGUAUCACUCGUGACUCUUCUAUUAGUUGCUAACAGUGGCCUCAGGUUUGUGUCUGUGUGUACACAGAGCCCUUGGGUUCUGCUGUUUCUUUGCCAGGUGAAUGUUUGUGGCAUGCGCUGCUGUCCGCGCCCCUCUGUCCUGCACAGGGUUCAGCUGUGCAGCGCCCUGAAUUCUUCCAUGCACAGAGAACCUCCUUGCGUCUGUUUCUCUGUUCCUCUGUGGCUGACUCAAUAAACUUUUUCCCUCUGACAUGA